AUCCACUUGAACAACACUACCAAACAACAUUAAGUGUAUGUGCGUGCAUGCAUACAUGAUCUUGAAUCUGGGAAAUGGAAGCUGAUAUUCUCAAAGCUAAUGACUGUGGAUCUCAGUGGGCUGCAGAAGAUUCCUCAGAACAAGUAGCCUAUCAUGAUACAACUGAUGACAACAGAGGAUCUUCAUCUUCUUUAAGUCAAGGCUGGGUAAACAGAACAGUUGAUGUCCUCACAGAACAGUGGACGUCUCCAAACAGCAGCACACUAGCAAGAGAUGGCCUGUCUGUUAACCUGGAUCAUGCUGAAGAAUUUCAGGAUAUUCCAUUUAAUUACUUGGCCACUUCUCUUUUUACCCCUCAUGUGUCACCAGCCACUCAAGCUGAAAUGCCAUCUGACAGGAAAAAUAAUGAAACUUUGCAAACCCCAAGUUGUGCUGCUUUUGCUUCUCCUUUGUCGACUCAAGAAACCAUAUUCUGUCAAACAAUGAAACAGACUCCAGAGGAGCAGGAGCAGCUCAUGAGGCACCAGUUAGAACACCUGCAACGGCUAGUAGCUGAACAGCAGAAAAUCAUUAUGUUCUAUAAUCCAGGAGUCUCAGCCGCCUUAUGUCAUGCCCAACUCCCUCUGGGGAAUUCUUUCCAAUUUCAGAAUCAAGGAUGUCCACAGAUCAAUCCCUUAAUAAUCAAACCAACUUUACAGACAUGCACCACAAGGACCUCAGGAAACAACUCCUUCAAAGAAGCUUCAGAGGAACAUCCUGAAGAAGCAGGAGCAAAUAUAGAACCUAUACCUAAAAGUUAUGAAGCCACUACAGAAGAAUCUUUCAGACAGAAUGCUGAACGAGAGAAGAAUGCUGGAGUAAAAGAGUCUUGGUUUGAAACCUUGCCCACUAUUAGAGAAGAAAAAGGAGAAAAACAAAUAUUUGAAAAUUCUUCCCCUUCCCCUUUUGGAGUGAGAAUGGAUACAAGAAAUAGAAAUGGAGAUGACAGACCAAUCCGACCUGGAAUUGGAGUCAGACAGAGAACAUUUGAAGAAUUUGUUGAAGAACAACUUAAAAUAGAUUCCCAGAGUGCAGAAAAGCUGCAAAAGACCUCCUGUGAGACUAAAGCAACUGCUCAGAAGUCAUUUCUGAAAUGUGGGGAAGGAAUUGCAAGGUUUGAAAAAAAUAAAGGAAAACCUGAUAAGACUCUGGCCAGAUGUCACAGAAGAGUCAGCUUUGAUUGCCGAAAUAAUUCCUUGUGGCUUGCUGAACAGAAUACAGGAGAACUUCUGGGAAAAUGUCGGCAGUUGAAAAGACAAGUUAGUAGCCCCUCAGUGCUGUUUAUGAAUGAUAACAUUACAGAUUGUAUCAUUUCCAAGGAUGACAGAAGAAAUCAGUAUAAUAACCAUGGUGGAAAGCAGGGAAUUAAAAAAGGCAGCAAGAGUAGUCACGAUCCUGAUGGUGAAGAGUUGACAAGUGAGAAAGGAUCUGGUUUAUUAUCUCAGAUUAAUUGUUCCAGCUGUUCACAAAAAUGUAAUGAAAAUGAAAUCAAGGCACAAAUGACUGGAAAUAAGGAAGCCUCAUAUCCUGGUUGUCAACCACACCAGAAAGUUCUGGAGGACAGACCCAUAGAUUCUAAGGUUUCAUUCCAGCUUACGAAGGGCACAGAGAAAAGUGUAUCACAACAGGUGGCAGGAAAACCCAUGGAUGCUUCAGCAAAUGUCUCUGAGUUUUACAACACAGAAACUAAUCAAACCCCUCAAGAGGAUCAGAACUCCAUAUUUCAGGUUAUUCAAGGUGUCAGUAAGGACAGACAGUGUAAACAUGAAUAUCAUGAUGCUGUGGGUAAAAGCCCAGAGAUCCAAAUAGAAAUUAGUCCUGGGUUUAAGAAAGUUAAUGAUCAAAUAGUAAAAAUUACAUCUAAUCCAGAUAGAAGUCAGGUGACUAUGACUGCCGAUUUGCAGAGGGAGCACCACAGCAGUGCAGGCACUACUAACAAAUGGGAAGGAAAAAUCUUCUCUGAUCCAGACAGCACUUCUACCAAAAGUGAAGGUGAGCCUAAAUCUCAUUGCUCUCGGUACCCAUUAAGACACAGUACCCACACUAGAGCCAUCACAAGUAAGAGCUUAGAUCUUUCUGAUGCUGACUAUGCCACUGAUGAGCCUAGUGGAGCUGAAGAUCAUUUAUUGAAAAACCAUGGGAUAUUGCUUGCCAAGAGGUGUGGUGGUCGGGAACCAGUACAAAAACAGGACACUUCUGUUGUGACAAGCAGCAGCAGCAGCAGCAGUGACUCAAGCCUCAGAGAUGGUUGCCUGAAUCAUGGAACUGUUGUGACAAGCAGCAGCAGCAGCAGCAACAGCAGUGACUCAAGCCUCAGAGAUGAAAAUCUCCCUUUCAUUCCUCACAAACUGCAAUAG